CCCAAUAUGCUAAUCACGGGAGUGUGUUAAAAUAACAAUGGUGAUCUAACUACUCGCAUAUCAACUAACUAGGUAGUGAGCUAACGUUAGCUUGUAUUUUCUAACUAGAUUGAGGGGUCCCUAUAUUCAUAAAUCAAUUAAUGUAUUUCCAUACAUAUCAACUUCAAAGUUGAAGUAUGGUUAAUUUUGUUUCUGGUCGUGCCUACAAGGUUGUCACUCAAACCAACCAAUUCCACAGGGUUACCAACGGUUGGAAAUCAGCUCGAGCUCAUGUUAUUAGUCUCAAAUGGGAAAGGAUUUUUUUUUUGGUAUCGAGAGGGGACCAAGAAGAUAAAGAGCUGUUCCUUCCUUGGGGUUGCUUUGGAAUAAUGCCCCUGGUGAUUGGAGUUACACAUACCCCCUGUUUGUGAAUGGCUGCUUGUAGAGGGGGCAUCGCCUUGUGGGUGGGGUGUGUGAGGAGCCAUGGCAACAGGCAACCAGUCAAGCAACAGUGCUGGAGUCUUGCUCAGGCGCUGGAUGUGCAGUGGAGUGGACAGAUCCGGUCGCUCAGCAGUGCAUCAUGGGCCCUGGUUCCCCCCAACAGUCUGAGGUACCAGAACAUCAAGCAUCUGGCCCUGUCACACCCCUUCCACCAUGCCAGCCAGGGCCAACCCCACAGCCAGAGUCCCCCGGACCUGGACGAGGACUGGGAAGAGACUGUCAGUCUGUGUGUGCUGGUGCAGCCUGGCCCUGGGGAGUGUGAUGGCCAGCACACCCUGGUGGAGGUGCCUCUAUUUGGGCAGAUUAAACUAGGUGAACUCCUGGCUCCGGGAGGACUCAGUAGGCCCAUGGAGUUCCUCUUCCCCUUGACCACGGUGGACGGGAGCCGAGAGGAUGACAUCAGUAUUGGGACGACUAAGGUUCAGGUGGAAGGUUCCAAGACGAUGAUGAACGAGGGAGAGACAAAAACAGAAAAGAGGGAGAGAGGAUCAUUCCGGAGCCUGUUUGAGACAGAAGGAUGUCCAGCUCCAUUUAUGUAUGGAUCUAGGUUCUACUGCUUCCACUGUCCUGGGAUGGAGCCGUUGCCUGGUUAUGGGAACAAAUCGGGCCAUAUGAUUGGACUAGAGAAGGAGUUGUCACUGUUGCUCCACACCUCUCUGUAUAGUAGCUAUGCAGAGAGAAAGACAGUAGAGGGGGGUCACAGCGACAGAGAGAGGGAGGACGAGGAGAAACUGGCAUUGAUGUAUGAAAAGCUGAGGAUUGAGCUUCCUACUUUCUUUAUGAAGAGUCAUGACUACACCAUGUACACAAAUGAUAUCGAGUUCGUCAACUGUAUUCUAAAUGCCAAGACCAGGGGCAGAGUUCUGUACCAGCUGAGCCUGUCUCUGUGGAGGCUGCUGUGUCUCUGUUACUAUGCUGAGGCCCGGUUAGAGGUACUGAAACUGACCAAGCACCCAGAGGACAGGACCAUCAAGGCCAGGUGGAGUGUCAGAGGACUGCCCUUCCUCUCUCUGCUGCUGAGAUUCUACCGCAAGGACAAAACUGACCUCUACAGGUCAUAUGAUGCGUUCUCUACCUUCUACCUUGGCCAUGAUGGACUCAUACAUUGUCACAAAGUGGAAAAAGUGAUGAAAGCCCAGCCACCCAUCCUGCCCGGGGUGACCACUCUGUUAGCGGGAGCCCUCGUGUCCCUGGGGGUCCAGGAGCACCGGCCAGCCCUCAACCUCCUGCCCCUCCUGCUCUCCUCCCUCCGACAAGGCCGAGAUUGAUAGAGAUGGAGGGUCUGGAGGAACGAGCAUGUGUGUACCAUGAGAGAAGUAACGGGGAGAGGGGAAGAGAGGGGGAAACAGGCAAUCAGUGUUGUUGAGAAAAAAAAUAGUUUAUCCCUGUUCACCCGUACAAUGCCUACUCUGAAAAUAAAUAUAAAAAAUUGUAAAAAAAAACAAAACAUUUUCUCCUCCAAAACUAUCCAAAACCGUUCUCUCUCUGGACUCACACAGCAAUAGAAUAGCAGCUACUACUUUAGUUGAUAUGCAAUCCAGUUAAUAUGCAAUCCAGGACUUCAGUUUAUCCAGUAAGUCGAGUCGAUACCUUGAGUCAGUUCCUUGUUAACGCACAAACAAACGAUUGCACAGCGCUUGUGUGAUGUUGAACAACCUUCUGGGCCUAUACGCUCACACUACAUAGCCUGCUACUCAUAAGUGUCUGCUAAAUGCUUCUUUUUUUUAAAAGCAUUGUUUAAAAACAAUUGAUGCCGGAUUAACAUUUAAGUUAAAUGGAUUCAUCGUUAUUGAAAUCAAUCAAUCAGUCAUUUUGUGUUUAAUGUGCCCUCAGCCUAUGGGGCAGUUGAGUGUGCCCGGGAACUGGGCACACGUUUAUCACUGGUUUCCUUUGAAUACAGUUUUCACACAGCCCAAGGAACCCCGUAUUGAGGCAAGGAGUCUUUAUAUGGAGAGACGAGACCACAUUCUAUAUAGCCAGUUGGCCUGGCUAUUAUCUAUGGCCUCCCACCAUGAUUCAAUGUAGGCCUUUUUCCUAAUAGACCCUAUGAUCUCAGUGUACCAGUGGAGUCAUUGAAUAGGUUGCUUUAUUCCACAUGGAUGUUAAUAUGAAUGCAUGAUGUCUGUCUGUCCCUGUACGAACUUCACAAAAAUACUUCGAUUUUGAAGUGUACAUGUCAAUCUCAUAACUCUUAUUUUGAAGGGCAUUAAGUCUCAUGUCCUCAUUGUUGAGACGUAACUUUCACAAACAACCCCAUCCUACCCUGGUUAAACUGCUAUGGUCCGUCCUUGUUGGAUGGCUAACUGGCUGUGAGGGACAGGAGAGGCAGCUGCAGACUGCCUGGCCUGCAGUAAGUGUUGGACCUGACCUCAGCUCAACCAGGGUUCAUGUCCCUGACACUGAGACUAACACAGUUGCAUGACAUAUGAUUCAGGUUUCUAAAAAUGUGAAUUUGCCAGUUCGGUACUGACACUUUAUUUUCUGAUGGCUAACAAGUGGCACCUGAACAAUACUCUUUAUUGGAAUGACUAUUUACUUUUAUGGUUAUAAGUAGCAAAAAAAUGUAAUAAUUGUAGGAUGAGUAUCUGUACGUGUCAUAAGACUGCAACUCAAGCUUCCUCUAUCAUUGUUAGUGUGUUUCAGACUACGUGUUCUCAAACUAGGUGACAGCAUGCCACGUGUUAGAUCUAGCACUACCAUUAAUACUAACAUUUACUUGAAGGGGGCAUAUAUAACACCUGUUGAAUAAAUUAGUCAUGAAUGAUACUGGAACACUUGUAAAGGUGUUACGACCCCUUUCAAGUAGUGUUACCUAUGACUUCGAAAGAAAAAAUCUGAUCGAAUUAAAUCGUUCUUAUCUAGUGCCGUGUUGCUACUUUAGGAUUUCUCACUUAUUUGCAAUAACCCACAUCUGGUGUGAAACCUGGCUUUGUCUGUAUGUGUGAAUAAAACAAAUCACUGGUGUGUA